UUGUCCUUCGUUAAUUCUUCCGCCGAGCAAAUCUCUCUCUCUCUUCUCUUAGGGUUUCCAUUCUCUCUCUCUCUCUCUCCAUCGCAUGGCCGGCGCCGGAAUCCACCCUUACCACCAGCAGUGGCCACCCACAGGAGCUCCGCCUCCUCCCGCCGCAGUAUCAUCAGCUCCUCCACCACAUCCUCCGCCUGUACAUCAUCAUCACCCUCCUCCCCCUGGUUUAGUCGACAACCAUAAUCGUCCUCCUUACGACGAGCUUCGGACAAUCUUCAUCGCUGGUCUUCCGGAUGAUGUGAAAGAGAGAGAGCUUCUGAAUCUCUUAAGAUGGUUACCAGGUUACGAGGCUUCGCAGGUGAACUUCAAGGGAGAGAAGCCCAUGGGCUUUGCUCUUUUCUCCACUGCACAGUUUGCCUUGGCUGCCAGAGAUGUCCUUCAGCAUCUGGUGUUUGAUGCGGAGUCAAAGUCUGUGUUACAUGCAGAGAUGGCCAAGAAGAAUCUCUUUGUUAAAAGAGGAAUCGUUGGGGAUUCAAAUGCAUAUGAUCAAAGUAAGCGCCUAAGAACUGGUGGUGGUGACUGCACACACUCUGUUUAUAGUCCGUCUCCCUUCCACCCUCCCCCACCUCCAGUUUGGGGUCCACCUCAUGGCCAUGGGUAUCUGUCAGCCGCAGCUCCACCAUAUGAUCCCUAUGCAGGUUACCAUGCUCCCCCUGUACCAAUGCCUCCCUCCGCACCUAUAGCAGCUCCUAGUUCUUAUGUGCCCGUCCAGAAUAUUAAGGAUAACCCUCCUUGCAAUACCCUUUUUAUUGGUAAUCUCGGGGAGAAUAUUAACGAAGAAGAACUGAGGAGUCUGUUGAGCGCGCAGCCUGGUUUCAAGCAAAUGAAAAUUCUGAGACAAGAAAGGCAUACAGUUUGUUUUAUUGAAUUCGAGGAUGUGAAUAGUGCCACCAACGUUCACCAUAACUUGCAAGGUGCUGUCAUUCCAAGCUCUGGUUCAGUUGGCAUGAGGAUCCAAUUUUCCAAGAAUCCAUAUGGGAAAAGGAAGGACGGCGGAGGCCACUCCUUCUUUCCUUCACCAAGCACUAAUGGAUCUCAAGGAGCCUUGACGUAUCAGUAGACCGUGAAGGGGAUGUUCUCUCUUUCUCUAUCUCCCAAGAAUAGGAUGCAUCUUGCAGGCAGUCUGCAUUUGCAUCCAUUUCAUUCUCGACCUUUUUAAGCAUCAGCAUUACUUCUUGUUCAUGUGAUGGUUGCAUAUAGUGUGACAUCAUCAACAUAUAAACAUGUGUCACACCUAUUAGCUUUGCUACAUGCAUUCUCAUGUGUGGUUUCUUAAAUCUCUAGGAGUUGGGUUUGCCGUUUGUUUUUCUUCUUGCUGCUUUAUCGCCUUUACUUUGUGAGAUUCAUUUUCAUCAUAUCGACCAAUGAAACUCCAUUUAAUAUGCCA